AUCUCCAUUAUUUCGUUUCAGGAAGAUAUAAUUGCCAAGUUGAUAGAAUUUUUGGUCGAACCUCACGCAACUACCUCUGAUUUGAUUGCUGAAAAAGAGCAGGGGAAAAAGAGAAAGAGGGUCAGCAAAUCAGCAUCUGGGAGUAGCUCGCCAUCAAAAGGAUCAGCGAAGAAUCGAAAGAAAGCUGAAAGUGCAUCUAAAAAGAGUGGAGAGACAAAGAGCAGCCCUCCUGAAUCAGAAGACGAAUCAGAAGAAGAGAAAGUGGAAGAUGUAAAUGGUGUUCAGGAAAAAUCAGAUGAUGAGAUGUCUGAACAAGCUGAAAGUGAGGAGAAAGAAAGUGAAUCUGAAGGGGAGUCGGAUGAGGACAAAGAAAAGCAGAAGCGAGGAUCAACAAAGUCUUCUGCGAAGAAGGAAUCUUCUGGAAAAGCCAAGACCAAGAAAGUAACAAUCUCUAAAAAGACUAGUCCUCCGCCAAAGAAGACACCAGCGAAACCACCACCAAGUCGUUCAAAAAGCAAUAAUGACACAAGUGCAAAGAAGUCUUCUGGUAAAAAGAAAGAGGAACAGAUAGAGAAGUCAUCAACUCCAAAGAAAUCAGCAUCAAAGGAGAGCACGGGGAAGAAAGUUUUGAAAGUGAAAGAGAAACUGAAGGAGGAGAUAUUAAAGCCAAGCGAUGAUAAACUCAGAACUGUGAUUUGUGAAAUCCUCAAGGAGGUUGACUUCAAUACGGCUACCUUCACCGACAUUCUGAAGCUACUUUCUAAGCGGUUCAACAAGGAUCUGACGCCUAGAAAAUCAUCAAUAAAGCUCAUGAUUCAGGAUGAGCUCACAAAACUAGCUGAUGCUGAUGAGGCAGAUGACGAAGAGGAUGACGGUGAUGUGGAGAAAGAUGAAAAGAAGGCUUCUAGUGUAGAUGUGAAGGGCUGACAAGCUAGCUAGCUAGAAGAGGCAACACGAAGGCUGGUGUACACUAUAACCUUACCUCUUCAGCUUCAUCGUUUCCCUCACUCAUCGUAAUUCAUGUUUGUUUCUCGCUAUUUGUGUAGUGUAAUCUUCUUCACCCUGAGUUAAGGCAGCUGUAAUUUAUUACUGUUAGUGGUUAUUAACUCAUGUCACUUAGGAGGCGUCCAUAGAAUUAACCGCAGAAGCUUGUUGUGUACACCCAGAUAAAAGUUGUAGAUUUUUUUCCUCCUCCCAUGUACUGACCCUUGAAGUAGGAGAAAAGCAGUUGCGACUUUUCCAGGUA